AUGUCACUACCAGUAGCUAGGUUAGCAUGUGAGCCCUGUCGCCAGAGAAAAUGUAAGUGUGAUAAAACACUCCCAUCAUGCUCCAAAUGUCUGGGAGCCCCACAACGAUGUUAUUACUCCGAAGCGAACAAAAGAGGUUUACCCCCCGGCUAUCUUGCGGGAAUCGAACACCGUCUAAUUGAGACUGAGAUCGCUCUACACAGAGCGCUGUCGAGACUGUACAACUAUUCUGAUGCUAAAUUCCAAGACAGUCGAGAAUUUCCACAAGUCUCGAAGGGUGAAUUGAUGGAGCAGUGGCAAGAAUUACCUUUGGAGUCAGAUAUUGAUCUAGAGACAUGGUGGUCUCGGAAAACGAAAUAUGUUCAGCCACUCAAUAGGGAGUGGGGUCCAACGGAAGAGACUUCAACCCCCGAAACACAUAUUGCUCAUGGAAUUGAUGACAUCCCACCUGUUGACUGGGAGCCUACAAAUGAAAGACAUGAGAAUAUUCCAGAGAGUACAGACACAAUCACCCAGGAGACUAUGGCUAGUACAGUUUCUAGUCUACCAAGGCCCUCAAACUCAAUCGAAGUGCAAAAGAGCCCUGUGAACUCUCAGCUCCAGUUUGAGAGCGACAUCCCCGAUUUUUCAAGCUGGCAAAGAAAUUCACCAAUACACAAUGUUGGUGAGAGCAUAAUGGCCGCAGAUGGACUCACAGUUGCAGAAUCCUUUGCCAGGGCGCAUCAAAGAACAUAUUUCUAG